AGGUUUCCUGUCUACCAUGUCUGGACGCGGCAAGCAGGGCGGCAAGGCGCGCGCCAAGGCCAAGACGCGGUCCUCGCGGGCCGGGCUGCAGUUCCCCGUGGGCCGCGUGCACCGGCUGCUCCGCAAGGGCAACUACGCCGAGCGCGUCGGCGCGGGCGCGCCCGUGUACCUGGCGGCGGUGCUGGAGUACCUGACGGCCGAGAUCCUGGAGCUGGCGGGCAACGCGGCGCGCGACAACAAGAAGACGCGCAUCAUCCCGCGCCACCUGCAGCUGGCCAUCCGCAACGACGAGGAGCUCAACAAGCUGCUGGGCAAGGUGACCAUCGCGCAGGGCGGCGUGCUGCCCAACAUCCAGGCCGUGCUGCUGCCCAAGAAGACCGAGAGCCACCACAAGGCCAAGGGCAAGUGAGGAGCACGGCGCAACAUCCAAAACCAAAGGCUCUUUUCAGAGCCACCCACGCUUUCACUAAAGAGCUUGCCGUUGCCAUGUAGGAGCAGCUACUUGAGAAUGUUCCCUUCCACCCACCAGGAGGCGUCACUGUAAACACCCUGCAGACGGGAAAGGAGCUCCAGUGAACACAAAGCUAGCGACAGUGUGGUCACUAAGGGAUAGAGACUCUGCACCCGGUAAUUAACGCAUGAAAGCUGCAGGCCCUCGGGCUCAAACUAGGAGAAAACACGACGGAACACGCUGGGUGGGAGGUGACUAAAUGCAAAUAGAGUUAGUGGCCCGCAGGGCGAUGAAACCACUCCUCUGUCUCUUGUUCGUGUGGUUUUGCAUCUUAAUGGCACACAUCUUCGCUAACGCCCACCUCCUAGCCUAGGGGGACCUAGAGGGUUGUUAAUAGGAUAGCAACACUGCCCGCCCCGGGGUCGUCCCUUCCGCAGAGCUUCUCUGCGCGGGGCCCAGCGUGACUGGCACCGUCAUCUUUCUGUCCACUUACUCGUUUGAGGACGUGUUUUCUUAACCCCUUUUACACAAGUCUCACUUCAAAUGGUUAAACGUAGUGGAAUGCUGCCUAUGAACGUGGUAGGGACAGGCAAAUG